UUCUGAUGAUUCCUACCGGUCAGUGGUAAGGCUGCAUCGGUCUUUCGCUCUGCACAAUCGAGAGCAAACCGCCUUCGCGUAAACACAGACCUUUCCACGAGCGUCCUCCGGUUUGCUUGUUGCCCAGAAAAGCUGAAAGACUCGCGCAGCCCAGCCAGGGGACGCUAAAUUGUUGAGGAAAUUAGACAACACUCGCAGACUCGUCCUCUGAAGGUAAAGGUGUGGAGCGAGGGCGUGUGUAAGGAGUCUGUGUGUGUCCUCUGAGGAGCCGUAGAAGAGACUCGGGCCUGCAGGACGUGGAACAGAAUGGGAGCUCCUGUUUUAUUAGAAGAAGAAGAGGAGAUUCUUCCCACGUUGUUGAGAUGAGAUCAUCGGAUCUGGCGUCUCCUUCCAUCUGCUCUUACUCCUGAAUUCCCAAACAGCUCGUCACGUUCUUCUCGGGAUAUGGAGGGAAGGAACUCUGCGUAAAUCACUGCAGAUCUGUUUAUUAUCAUCGUCAGAAAAGAAAUAACUGUAAAAUACGUGUAAAGAUUACUGACCUGUGACACACACGCAUACACACGCAUACACGCACAUACACACACAUACACACACAUACGCAUAUGAACUGGAAUUACAUGGAUUUCUUUCCUCUGGAAUGAAUUUGGGGAUAAAAAAAAACUUUUUAAUGCCCGGAUUAAAAAGUCGGAAACUCGUUUAACUCGGAGACGUUUUUCCUUCAGCAAGAUGGCGGGAAAGGACUACAAUCAUCUCUUCAAACUGCUCAUCAUCGGAGACUCCAAUGUUGGGAAAAGCAGUUUACUACUGAGAUUUGCAGACAACUCCUUCUCUGGGAGCUACAUAACCACUAUAGGUGUGGACUUUAAAAUCCGGACAGUGGAGAUCGAUGGAGAGAGAGUGAAACUUCAGAUCUGGGACACAGCGGGACAGGAGAGGUUCAGAACCAUCACGUCGACGUAUUACAGGAACACUCACGGGGUCAUUAUCGUGUACGACGUUACGAAUCCCGAGUCGUUUGUGAACGUGAAGCGGUGGCUGAACGAGAUCUCGCAGAACUGUGACAACGUGUGUAAGAUAUUAGUUGGGAAUAAGAACGACGAUCCGUCAAAGAAGCAGGUGGACUCUCACGACGCUCAGAGGUUCGGAGAGACUGUAGGAGUUCGAGUGUUCGAGACCAGCGCUAAAGAAAAUAUCAAUGUGGAAGAGAUGUUCAUGGCGUUUACCCACAUGGUCCUGCGGGCGAAGAAACAGAGUCAGAGCCGAGCGGAGCGAGAGCGGGAGAGAGAGAAGGACACGGUUCACAUCAACGCUCACCGCGACCGCGACAGGAGGAAGAGAGGAAAGAAAUGCUGCUGAGAACCGAGAGAGAAAUGAGGAACCCUGAGGAACUGCACCUGCGGCGCUCUGGCAACCGUUUCACAUUGUUUAUGCGUGACUUUGCACUGAUGACAGGAACUGGAACUGGAACUGGAAGCCACUAUAAAGUACCCGAAUGGUGUUUUUGUAAAAUAAGAAAAAACAAACAUGUAUAAUUUUAUGACUAAACGAGUGACGUACAGUCGAAGGUAUUACACUGUUAUUACACAUGUAAUCAAAGAGCCAUUAACACAGCUGAUGUGCUUCGUCAAUAUGUUAAUAAAAACAAAAAAACUAAUGAAAAGUAUUGAUGAGCCACGUCAUGCGUCCAAAUUAAUCAAUAGCAAUAAAAUACCGUGUUAAAAAUGCACUAGA